GCUUUUAUGAACUGUAACAAAUGUUAGAGAGAAAUGGCAACAUUAAUGAAAGUCUUUAGUGCUCUUAGAUGACGAUUGCUAACAAACAAGGGCGGCCAUUUUGUUACAUUUGUGCUUUAAUAUUGAUAAUUCACAGCUAAGUUGACUCACUUGUUAUAUAACCCUAAUUACCCUAAUUUCUUGUAUGCCAUUAAUGAUUUUUAUAAGUUAAAUUCCAAUAUUGACAAACAAAAACAGCCACGUCAAUCUUGUUUGUACUGUUAUGUAUGAUGGCUAAUGCUAAAACUCAAACAAGUCAGCCAUUUUGUUACUACAUUAUUUAUAUUUGACAGUUAUUGGAGUAAUUACCCUAAUUAGCAUUACAUGCUUUGUUGCCUGUCACUGUUUAUCAUUAUUGACUAGCUAAACAAAUGACUGUAUAUUUAAUCUUAGUACGGUUAUAUAUGAUGGCUAAUGCAAUCACGAUGGCUCAUGGCGAAUGUUAACAAUCAAACAAGGGCGGCCAGUUUGUUAUAUUUGUGCUUUAAUAUUGAUAAUUCACAGCCCCCUCAUUCUGACCAUCACAUCACAGCCUUGUUGGAUGAUGCAAACAAAGCGAGUGCUCACUUCCUGCUACCAAUCAUGCCGCAGGGUUCCAAGAAAACUGCAUAGUCAACAUGAAUUGUUGCCGAGGAAACGGCAUGGUUGCGGAUGCUGCUGUUCCGUAUGGAAUCCAUCAGCUGGUCGUGUGCCGACCUCAUGGGCGUGGACGGCCUGCUGCCCUCUUCCCCUCCACGCCGCUCCGCCGACACGGGCCUAAGUGCGUUCUUCAGCUCCUUGAGGAUGCAGGUGGUCUCGUCUUUGCCCGCCUUGCCCUUCUUGCCCUUUUUCCCCUUGCUCUUAGCCUUCUUGCUGACGGCUUCGUGGGAUUUGAUCACCUCUGCGAUCAUCCUGGUGGGCUUCUUCUUCUCCUGGUGAGCUGGAGGCGGCGGCGGCGGUGGAGGAGGGGGUGGCGGCGGAGGAGGUGGUGGUGGCGGCGCUGGUGGGGUUUGCUUCUUAGCCACUUUGGGUGAGGACCAAGGGGAGGAUCUUGUGGUCCGAGGGUUGGUGGCUCCUUCCUGUUGCUGCCUCUGUUCCUGCAUUCGUUUCUGCCUUUGGCGGUCCUGGUUCCUGGUAAGGAUGCCCGUCAUGCUCAUCCUGGGUCCAGGCAGGUUAAACUGAUAACCAAGCUUAAUCAAGGUGUAGUUUUCCCUUAGUAUCUUCACCAUCUCCAUCUCAACCUGAAGCCAGGACAGCCAUGUUGGACAUCAACAAUAUAUCAUGUAAACAGGUCAACCUUCUCACCAACCUGUCCUCCACAUAUGUGCCUCUGGUUGUGGAAUCGAAGCUCCGUCAGGGUGUUGUUUGCCGGCAGAGCUUGAACCAUGGCCAUCACGCCCUUCCCGCUCACGUAGUUGGACUCGAUGUUGAGGCUGACGACUGAUGAGUUCUCCCGCAGCAUCUUGGCGAUAGCCAGGGCCACCGGGUCAUCUGCUCGAGUGUUGGCGAGGCUGAAGAGUCGCACUUGUGGUUACUUCCUGGUUCAUUGCCUAUUAGCUUCAAGUGGUCAACCAGCUGUGUCGUCAUGCCAACCAACAACAUGGCCAACAUGGCCAUCUCUUGACCCAACGUAAGAAACUUCAGUCAGAUGGUGUCGGAGGGUCUCUACCCCUCUCCUCCCUCCAGCUGAUGGCUUCCCCUCUGCAGCUGACGUACUCCUACAUGUGGCAGGUGGUGCGGCAGAGGGAUGUGAAGCAGUACCAGAAGGUGGAGGAGUUUGUCACCAUGGUGACGCAGACUGUCCCGGAACUUUUGAGUUUCAAGCAGACCGCCCAGCUUGUGUUGGGUUUGAGGGCCAGAAUCAUUUUGGAUUUGCUCCAACGGGACGAGCAACCAGAUGCCCGAGCUAUUCAAACUCUAAUCAACAAGCUGAAGAUGGCUACACCAGCAGGGGACACAGAAGUGGAGAAAUGUCAGACAAACUUCAUGGUGCUGGUCCAGAAUCUGCUGAAAAGCCCCACAGAGAGGAAGCACUUCUUUAAGGAAGUGUUCCCAGUUCAAUACGGCACCAAGUUCGACACGGCGAUGCAGACGCUCACCGCCGGUCUGGUCUGCAAGUUGGAGCAACUCCUUCCUGUUCCCAAUCUCUCCCAGCUGAGCGCCAUGAUCUCAUCGGAUCCCGCAGUGCUGGAAGCGUGCGCAGGCUUCAUCCCUGAAGGUGCCGACCUUAAGAACCUCCUCCUGUACCAGCAGUCCAAGGGUCUCCUUAGUGGGAAAGCAACCAUCUCAUCUUCAGUCGGCGACUGCGUCCUCUCCUCCCUCGCCUUCCGACCCAAACCCGUCGAACCACCACCGCCUCCGAAGCCGAUCGUGGUGAUCACUCCUCCACCUGUGAGCCUGCCCCCGCUCGCUGAUCACGACGAGCCGGCCGCCAUGUCUGACGACUCUGACGGCAUCCCUGUUGAUAAAGCAGCAGAUGUUGGGUCUGCUGUGUCCUCUGAGGAGAAGAGCGCCCCGAAAGAGCUUCCCGCUGCCACCACAGCAGAAGCGCCACCGUCAGAAGCUUCGAAACGAACCCCCUUGAAAUCAAUUCCCUUUCGGGUGGUCCCGGUACCCAUCAAAACGGUCCCGGCCUCGCCGAGUACAACCGUGACAAAAGACGGCCAAAAGACACAGAGAGUCACGUUGCAUCAGUGGGUGUCGCAGAUCGCCACCAACACCAUCUCUCUCCCGGCGUUGCCGCCGCUUCCUCUGGACCGACUGAGCGAUGACGACUACAGCCGCCCCAGCAUCAGAAGGAAGAAACAAAUCAGACCCCCGGCCGACAGGUUCCACUGCAGCAUGUGCGACAAGAGCUUCCCGUACCAGUCCAAGCUCAUGGACCACGAGCGCAUCCACACGGGCGAGAAGCCCUUCAUGUGCACGUCGUGCAGCAAGAGCUUCCGCACUCAGGCGUUCCUCAACAACCACCUGAAGACUCACAGCACGGCGCGCCCGUACGCGUGCGGGCAGUGCGGCAAAUGCUUCGCCAAGCUGCAGAGCCUGACCAAGCACAUGCUGGCCCACAGCGGCCAGAAGCCCUUCUACUGCGACAUCUGCAACAAGGGCUUCACGCAGUCCACCUACUUCAAGAGACACAUGGAGUGCCACACCAGUCAGAUGACGUUCCCCUGCAAGCACUGCAACAAGAGCUUCCCCACCGCGUUCAAGCUCACCAACCACGAGCGUUGGCACACCAGAGAUCGUCCGCACAUGUGCGAGCGCUGCGGGAAGCGUUUCCUGGUUCCCAGCCUGCUGAAGCGACACAUGGGCUACCACAUCGGGGACCGCCAGUACCUCUGCUCCCAGUGCGGGAAGACCUUUGUGUACUUAUCCGACCUGAAGAGGCACCAGCAGGACCACAUCCCGAAAGCCAAGAUCCCUUGCCCGGUUUGCCAGAAGAAGUUCUCCAGCAAGUACUGCCUGAGAGUCCACCUCCGCAUCCACACCCGAGAGAGACCGUACCGCUGCUCCAUAUGCGAGAAAAGCUUCACACAAGUCGGGAACCUGAAGGUUCACAUCCGCCUGCACACCAACGAGCGCCCGUUCAGCUGCGACGUGUGCGGGAAGACGUACAAGCUGGCGUCGCAUCUCAACGUCCAUAAAAGGACACACUCGUGCAAGAAGCCCUGGACCUGCGACACGUGCGGGAAGGGCUUCUCCGUACCGGGAGUCCUGAAGAACCACGAGCAGGUGCACCUGAGGGAGGCCGACCCAGACUUCGCUAGUAAACGAAGACACAGGGGCAAGCAGAAGAAACACUCCCUCAAGCGGAAGUAUGACGAGGAAGAGGAAGAGGGUAUUGAUGAAUACUAAACGGAAAAGGAAAAGAACACUUUUAAUCACGCUAGUUAAAAAAAAAAACGACUUUUCGCUUCUUAAGGCUUCUUCUCUAGCGACGUAACUUUUAAUUGCAUUUAAGGAAAAAGGCAGUCAAAUGAUGUAACUAAGGUGACUAAUCAUUUUCAUUUGUACAAAACAUGAUAAAGACGACAAAUAUUUUCUAAAUGUAAACCCGCCAAUAUAUUUUCCUUUUUUUUUUAGGUACACGUGACAGUGAGAUGUAUACACUUGGCAGCAUCGUGCAUUAUUUUGCUUUUCAAAUGUAGUUUAGUAGAAGUGUACUAGUAUUUUCAUUUGCGCUCAUCAUGAUAGAGUUGAAUAUUAUGAAUAUAUAACUUACUUACUGUUUUGUUGUUUUUCAGAGCAAUAAAAUAG